AUGUACGACAACAGAGAUGGAUCAGGGCCCAGCUUCAAGCGCCGGAGGAUAGACGGAGGGCGAUUCCAAGAUUCGGGCCGCUCGACACCGCGCGACGCCCGCGCCGCCGAGACACCGGCAAGAGACGUCCCCGAACCCACCGACGAAGACUCGAAAGCGCUGGAUCGCGACUGGUACAUGGGAGACGAGUUUGGCGGCCACACCUUCGGCGACGACACACACAAUCCUUUCGCCUCGUACUCAUCAUGGGAGGCCGAGAAGCAGGAGGCGGUUAAGGCCGAGAAGAUGACGGGGCGCUUCGACGCGCGCAGGGAGCAGAGGCAGAGGGAAAACGACGCGUGGGAGACGAAUCGCAUGCUCGUCUCGGGUGUCGCGCAGAGGAGGGAUAUGGGUGCCGAUUUCGACGACGAGGAGGCGACGAGAGUCCACCUUUUGGUGCACGAUCUGCGGCCUCCGUUCCUCGAUGGACGAACCAUCUUCACAAAGCAGCUGGAACCCGUGCCGGCUGUCCGCGACUACCAGAGCGACAUGGCUGUGUUUAGUCGGAAGGGAAGCAAGGUGGUGAAGGAGUCACGCCAGCAGCGGGAACGGCAGCGGCAGGCGCAGGAGGCUACGAGCAUGGCUGGAACGGCUUUGGGAAACUUGAUGGGUGUGAAGGAGGACGACGGCGACAGCGCGUUGCCUGUGGCGUCGGAGAACGAUGCGAAGAAGGAAGGAGAGAAGGAGGAGACGAACGAGAACAGCAACAAAUUCAGCGACCACAUGAAGAAGGAUGAUGGGGGCAGCAGUGAUUUCAGUCGGAGCAAGACGUUGCGCGAGCAGAGGCAAUACCUACCUGCGUUUGCCGUUCGGGAGGACUUGAUGCGUGUCAUCCGGGAGAACCAAGUCAUCAUCGUGGUGGGCGAGACGGGAUCCGGCAAGACGACGCAGCUGACGCAGUUCCUUUACGAGGACGGGUUUGGAAAGUCGGGCAUGAUUGGGUGCACGCAGCCGAGGCGUGUGGCCGCGAUGAGUGUCGCCAAGCGUGUCUCUGAGGAGAUGGAAGUCAAGCUGGGCAGCACGGUGGGCUACGCGAUUCGUUUUGAAGAUUGUACCAGCAAAGACACCGUCAUCAAGUACAUGACGGACGGUGUCUUGUUGCGCGAGUCGCUCAACGAGCCUGAUCUCGACAGGUACUCGUGCGUCAUCAUGGACGAAGCCCACGAGAGAGCUCUCAACACGGAUAUCCUCAUGGGUCUGUUCAAAAAGAUUCUCCAGCGACGGCGAGAUCUGAAGCUCAUCGUCACGUCUGCGACGAUGAAUGCGAAGCGCUUCUCCGACUUUUACGGUGGAGCGCCGGAGUUCAUCAUCCCAGGCCGAACUUUCCCCGUCGAUGUCAUGUUCCACAGGUCACCGGUCGAGGACUACGUGGAUCAGGCGGUUCAGCAGGUCCUGGCCAUCCACGUGUCCAUGGACCAGGGCGACAUCUUGGUAUUCAUGACGGGACAAGAAGAUAUCGAGGUCACCUGCGAGCUGAUCCAGAAACGUCUCGAUGCUCUCAACGAUCCCCCGAAGCUAAGCAUCUUGCCCAUUUACAGUCAGAUGCCGGCAGACUUGCAAGCAAAGAUUUUCGACCGCGCGGCGCCAGGUGUGCGUAAGUGCAUUGUUGCGACGAAUAUCGCCGAGACGAGUUUGACGGUCGACGGUAUCAAAUACGUGGUGGAUGCUGGGUACAGCAAGAUGAAGGUGUACAACCCAAAGAUGGGUAUGGACACUCUUCAGAUCACGCCAAUCUCCCAAGCAAACGCGUCGCAACGAUCAGGACGUGCCGGUCGAACAGGACCUGGAAAGGCUUUCCGACUGUUCACGGAGAAGGCGUUCAAAGAGGAGCUCUACAUGCAGACGAUUCCCGAAAUCCAGCGUACGAAUCUGAGCAACACGGUACUCAUGCUCAAGUCCCUGGGCGUCAAGGAUCUACUAGAUUUCGACUUCAUGGAUCCCCCACCACAGGACACCAUCACAACGUCAAUGUUCGAUCUGUGGGCCCUGGGCGCCUUGGACAAUUUGGGAGAGCUGACCACGCUCGGUCGAAAGAUGAGCGCGUUCCCAAUGGAUCCGUCCCUCUCCAAGCUCCUCAUCACGGCCGAGGAAUACGGCUGCAGCGAGGAGAUGAUCACCAUUGUGUCCAUGCUCUCCGUCCCCAACGUCUUUUACCGACCCAAAGAGCGCCAGGAUGAGGCGGAUGCCCAGCGCGAAAAGUUUUGGGUCCACGAGUCGGACCACCUGACGUACCUCCAGGUGUACUCGGCAUGGCGGUCCAACGGCUGCUCAGAUGGGUGGUGCAUCAAGCACUUCUUGCACCCCAAGUCGCUGCGCCGCGCAAAGGAGAUCCGCGACCAGCUGCUCGACAUCAUGAAGAUGCAAAAGAUGGAGAUGCUGAGCUGCGGCAUGGACUGGGACGUCAUCCGCAAGUGCAUCUGCAGCGGCUACUACCACCAGGCGGCCAAGUACAAGGGUUCCGGGGAGUACAUCAAUCUGCGGACCAACCUCGGCGUCCAGCUGCACCCGACGUCGGCGCUGUACGCGGGCCACCCGCCCGACUACGUCGUCUACCACGAGCUCAUCCUGACAUCGAAAGUGUACGUGUCGACCGUCACGGCGGUGGACCCGCACUGGCUCGCCGAUUUGGGCGGCGUGUUUUACUCUGUUAAGGAGAAGGGGUAUUCCGUCCGGGACAAGCGCAUUACCGAGACGGAGUUUAACCGCAAAAUGGAGAUCGAGGCUAAGAUGGCCGAGGAUAAGAAGAGAGAGGCGGACCGGGUGGAAGCGGAGAAGGAGAGGUUGGAGAGGAGGAGGACUGGUGGGAGUGCGGCGGCGGCGGCGGCGGGGAAGAAGAUUGUUACACAUGGGGCUGUGAGGAAGCCUGUUAUUAAGCGAAGGGGUAGAGGCGUUUAG